AUGUCUGCACCAGAGGAAUUUGAUACUGCUAAAGAAACAUUUGAUUCAGUUGAGCAUUUUGUUGAUGCUUUAGAUGCCAAUAUGCUUCAUAAUAAGGAUAAUGAAGAUAAUAAUAGUAGUAUAAAUAGUAAUAAUAACAACAAUACUAAUGCUACAAAUUCUAUCGCUACCACUUCCGCAGAUAAAGCUUCCACAAAUAAUACUUCUAACAACAACAACAGUAAUAAUAAUGAUAAUGAUAAAACGGCAGAUAAUACUAAUAAUACCACAGAUUCUACCAAUAGCUUAGAUAAUGAAACCAAUGAUCAGAAUAAUAAUAUUAACACCGAAGAAAAGAUAUCCAAUAGUAACGAUAAUAGUGUUGCUACCACUAAUCCUGUUGAUUCUCAGACCGCAUCAACCACAAAUUCUUCCUCAAAUGAAGCUAUAACCGUUUCCAAUAUUCCAAAUACUACAACUGACACCACUACUUCUAUUAAUAACACAACUUUCGCUAGUAUUCCUACCGACAAUACAAAAGAUACCAGUAAUUCAGGUAGCGUCGAUUCGAAUAAAACCAAUACUAUGGAAACUAAAAAUUCAGGUAAGAAAUUUUGGGAAGGUAAGAGAUUCUAUAUUAAUGAUGCACAGGACGCUCAUGACAAUAUGAAUGACGCCAAAUUAUUGGUUAGAUUAAUCUCAGAUAACGGUGGUGAAGUGCUAAGUAAAUUACCAGACGUAAAUGAUCCUACAAUUUCAACUCUAGAUAAGAACCUUUUGGUAGUAUCUCCAUAUAACGACACUAAUUUAGUUACUGUUAGCCCAACGUAUAUUAAAGCAUGUGUCCAAAGUAAUACUCUUUUAAAUUAUCAAAAUUAUUUGGUCCCAUUCGAUAAAAACAGAAUUUCGAAUAAUGAAAAAAAGGGAGAGGAUGAGCAGAAUGAUAAAGCCAAUGAUGAUGAUAAUGCUGAGGGCCAAUCUGAUGGAUCAUUUGAUACUAAUGUGGCUGCAAACAAUAUUUUAUCUAACGAUAAUCUGAGUACAGCUGUCGCUGUUGCCAAUGCUACCAUUACUGCCACUACUGUCACCCCCCUUCAUCCUACUACUACUGUUACAACUGGAACUGACGCUCCCAUGACAGAUUCCACAAAUACAGAUUCUACACCAUCCAAUAAUGAAAAUAAAACGAAUCCAUAUGACAAAGAUAAUACAUCAUCGACUAACAAUUUCAAACAAAAUGAAACUUCUAUUAAAGUGGAUGUUGAAUCAGAAUUAUCCAUGGUUGAUACAAGUGAUAGUAAUGGAAAUUCUUUAAAACAUACACCAUUACCACCAAAUUUUUCAUCACAUAAGAAUGUUUUUAGUGAAGACGAAGACCAGUUCAUUCUUGAUGUUGUUAGAAAGAAUCCAACAAGAAGAUCCACUCAUACUUUAUUUGAAGAAAUUUCUAGAUUCAUGCCCAACCACACCGGAAACUCAAUUCGCCAUAGAUAUAGAGGUUAUCUAUCGAAAAGAUUGGAUUUUGUUUAUCAAGUAGACAAAAAUGGAAAAUUAGUUCGCGACGAACGUGGGAAUUUGAUCAAGACAGACGUUUUACCACCUUCUUUAAAGAGAAAAUUUACAGCAGAUGAAGAUUAUGGUUUGGCCAUUGCCAUCAAAAAACAAUUCUACCGUGACGCUUUCCAAGUAGACCCAGAAUCUGGUUCAUCUUUGAUAUCACAUCAAGAAACUGCUGUAGAUAUUGCUAAAAGGAAUAUGACCAUGGAUCCACAUCAUGUUCCCGGCAAUGAACCAUCCUUUAAAGAUUUUAGAGUCUAUGGUCGCCGUGGUCCAGUAGCUAGAGAAUUUUUUAAAACAUAUGCAGAAUUGGUUCCAACACAUACCGAGAGUGCAUGGAGAGAUCGUUUUAGAAAGUUUUUACUUGUGUUUGGGAUUGACGCUUAUAUUGAUUAUUACGAGGAAUGCAAAACUAUUGGUAAAGAACCUGAACCAUUGAAAAACAUGACAGUAAGAAAAAAGAAGAGAGGUGACCUCACCCCUGGUAAUUAUAACUCUUCCUUAAAAAGAGCAGUUUCUGCUUCUGAAGCUGUUUUUGACCCAAUGAAUUCAAAAAGAAGACAUUAUAUGGAAUCUACUGAACCUGAAUUAAUCAAAUCUGAUCAAAAUACAGGUAAUAUUAGUGCUACUACAGUUGCUGGUACAAAUAAUGGGAACAGUAGUAUGGUCAACACUGGUGUAUCUCUUGAGAACAAAAAUAUCAAUUCUACAAAUCAUCAUGGAGGAAAAAUGACAUCUAAUGAACCACAUGUAACCUUAGAACAAACUCCAUUUGAGGUAACACCUCGUCAUAAAUCAGAUAGUGCAAGUUCAAUAGCUGAAAAUAAUAAAAUCAAACCAACUCAUAGAAAAACUACUGAAGAUUAUGAUAAUGAAUUAUUAGAUGAAGAAACCAGAAACUUUAUUUCUAGUUUAAAAGAUGAUUUGAAUAAAAUCAAUAAUAACCUGCCAUUUGAAUACCCACCAGAUAUUGCAGAAGCCAUUAGGACUGAUUAUGCAAUGGAAGAAAUGAAGUAUGAUACCAUUGAUCCUGACACAAUUCAGUGGCCACCAAAGAUUGCAUCAAUGGAUCUUUUCUUACCAAAAUUCUUCCAAUUGGAAAGCACCCGCGAAUUUAUGAAAAGAGUUAACGAUGUAAUAUCAAGAGAUUAUGAGCCUUCACAAGCUGAAAUGUUGGUUCAAAAUUUGGCUGAUGAAUGCGGUAUUAGAAGAAAUUUCUGUACUGCCAUGUUAACGUCAUUGAGUGGUGACCUGAUGGUGAUCCCAAGAUAUUUCCUAAACAUGUUCCAGACAGAUACUAAUCCACCAUCCAAUGUCCCUGGUAUCUGGACAGCUUCUGAUGAUGCAAUGUUAAGAAAAGGCGGUCCUCGUGAAUUAAAGGAAUUAGAAAAGAAACACGGUAGUGGUCGUAUCGAAAUGAGAAAAAGAUUUAUAGAGACUGCCUUAAUUUAG